AUGGUACGGACACGAUCCCGACAAACUGAUCAGGGUGGGGAUGAAUCCACAAACCCACCUAAUCAACCACCGAAUCCUCUGCAGUUUAACCAGGAGACUUUACUGCAACAGUUAAAGGAAGUGGUAGUUACGGUGGUAGAUGAGAGAGUAAGGAAGAUGGAGGAAGAUUUGAGAGUCAAGAAAGCUGUGGAAGAGUUUGAAGGGAGUGGGCUUCCUGGACCAUCUGUGAGAAAUUCUGUCACCCACAGGGGUUCUAUUGAAGGAACCAGAGAAGAGAGUAGUUCACAAAGGCAACCAGGAAAAGAAGAAGCAGUGAACCUUAAAAGCGUAUGGAAGGAUAUAGAGCGGCAUCACCCAAAGACUUUUGAUGGGGGUAUGGAUCCUGACAAAGCUGAGGCUUGGAUCGAUGAUAUGGAGACAAUAUUUAAAGCCUGUGGCUGUAAUACCUACCAAAGGGUACAAGCAGCGGUAGUUUUACUGAGGGACCGAGCUAAGAGGUGGUGGAGGAGCCAUAAUGAUAACCCAGAGUGGAUGGCCCGACAAUUGAUAGAACGGGCGAGGCCAGAGUUGAAGCAGCAAAUGGCCUUAUAUGAGUUUAAGAGUUUCGAGGAUGCUUGCACGAAACUCAGGAUGACAGCUCGCAGAACCCGAGAGGUAGAGGAGAGCCGACGUCGGGAUAACCAGGGCAGAUUCUCCAGUUUUAUGAGGCCAAUAGGAGGAAUCAAUAAAAAGAAUAGCUAUAGUUAUGGGAGCUCGGGUAACUCAAGCAGAGGCAAGAGCCAGAAUCAGAAGAAUUCAGCCCGUGGAGGCUUUAUGCAAAGGAGACAGCCUCAGGGGAGCCGUAUAGCAGGAGAUCGGAGUGUCCACCAUGAGCUUGCCAAGUCUACACCAGGUGUUAGUGGUCCUUGCAUGAGAUGUGGGAGAAAUCACCCAGGACAGUGUUGGGAAUGCUACCGAUGCCAUAAGUUCGGACAUAUAGCUCGCAAUUGUCCAGAGACACUGCAGCAGACUCCUAGUUUCAGAUCCACGGUGCCCGGGAGAGUUUUUGCUUUGACUAGAGAGGAAGCUGGUAUGUCUCCUAAUCUGAUUAGAGGUACUGUCUCUCUUCAAGGACAUGAUAUACCUGGUAUUGAUGUGAUUAUUGGUAUGGAUUGGCUAUCAGCAAAUAAUGCCAUUCUGGAUUGUAAAAGGAAGAUAGUAACUCUUCCUUUGUGCACUACGAUAGUUGAGGCUAUUAAUGGUCGUUUGUGGUUAUCUGCUACUCAAGCGACUAAGUGUAUUGAGAAGGGUUGUCAGGCGUAUGCUGUUUUCUUUUCCGUUAGUACGGAUAAAGAAGUUGGUAUAGACAAAUCGAGGGUAGUAAAGGAGUUUCCUGAGGGUGUUCACUGA